UAUUACAGGGAAAAGAUGGUUAGCAGGAGAAGAGAGCUGUUUAUACAGAGCAUAGAGUCGUACCUGAAGAAUAUAAAGUCAAGGGGAAACUUGUGGUUUGUAUUGAUUACAUUUCACAAUAUAUUUAUUUCAUUGCAGGAUGUUACCAAGUUGACACCACUUUCACAUGAAGUUAUCAGCAGACAAGCUACAAUUAAUAUUGGUACAAUUGGUCAUGUAGCUCAUGGGAAAUCCACCGUGGUGAAGGCUAUCUCUGGAGUUCACACUGUCAGAUUCAAAAAUGAGCUAGAAAGAAACAUUACCAUCAAGCUUGGAUAUGCUAAUGCUAAGAUUUAUAAACUUGAUGACCCAAGUUGUCCAAGACCAGAAUGUUAUAGAUCAUGUGGAAGCAGUACACCUGAUGAGUUUCCUACAGACAUUCCAGGGACCAAGGGGAACUUCAAAUUAGUCAGGCAUGUUUCCUUUGUUGACUGCCCUGGCCAUGAUAUUUUGAUGGCUACAAUGCUGAACGGUGCAGCAGUGAUGGAUGCAGCUCUUCUGUUGAUAGCUGGUAAUGAAUCAUGCCCUCAGCCCCAGACUUCCGAACACCUGGCUGCCAUAGAAAUCAUGAAACUCAAGCAUAUUUUGAUCUUACAGAAUAAGAUUGAUCUGGUAAAAGAAAGUCAGGCUAAGGAACAAUAUGAGCAAAUUCUCGCAUUUGUGCAAGGAACAGUAGCAGAAGGGGCGCCGAUUAUUCCAAUUUCUGCUCAGCUGAAGUACAAUAUUGAAGUUGUCUGUGAAUACAUAGUGAAGAAAAUACCAGUGCCUCCAAGAGACUUUACUUCAGAGCCCCGUCUCAUUGUCAUCAGGUCAUUUGAUGUCAACAAACCUGGUUGUGAAGUUGAUGACCUUAAGGGAGGUGUAGCUGGUGGUAGUAUUCUAAAAGGAGUGUUAAAGGUAGGCCAGGAGAUAGAAGUCAGACCUGGUAUCGUCUCCAAAGAUAGUGAAGGAAAACUCAUGUGUAAACCAAUCUUUUCCAAAAUUGUGUCACUUUUUGCGGAACAUAAUGAUCUUCAGUAUGCUGCCCCAGGUGGUCUCAUUGGAGUUGGAACAAAGAUCGACCCCACUUUGUGCCGAGCUGACAGAAUGGUGGGACAAGUGCUUGGUGCAGUUGGAGCUUUACCUGAAAUAUUCACAGAACUGGAAAUUUCCUAUUUCCUGCUUAGACGUCUUCUGGGUGUGCGUACUGAAGGAGACAAGAAAGCAGCAAAGGUCCAAAAGCUGUCCAAGAAUGAAGUGCUUAUGGUCAACAUAGGAUCCCUGUCAACAGGAGGAAGAGUUAGUGCUGUCAAGGCUGAUUUGGGCAAAAUUGUUUUGACCAAUCCUGUGUGCACAGAAGUAGGAGAAAAAAUUGCCCUUAGCAGAAGAGUUGAGAAACACUGGCGUUUAAUUGGUUGGGGUCAGAUAAGAAGAGGAGUGACCAUUAAGCCAACUGUAGAUGAUGACUGAAGACUUCAAGUUAAACAAUGCCGUGGGAUAGAGUUGGAAUUUCUUUUAAUAGCCUGGGGGUGUAUUUUCAAAGCAAUACUAGAAAGAAUUAAUUCCAUAGCUCAUUACCGUACUAGUAGCUAUAAGUUUAUUCUUAUAUUUUGGCUAUGAAAAUGUGACCUCUUUUUUUUUUUCUUUUUAUUGAUUCCUUGUUUCACAUCA